UAAAAACGGGGGGAAAAAAAAGGGAAUUUUGCUUCGAUUCUCACGAGCAGCCAGUAGGAGUGGCCUGGAACCCAAGCAAGUCACCCGUCUCCAAAAGCUAGAGAGUUUUGGCUACCCUCCGAUCGCUGGGCGCCACCGGUGUGAUGCCCUUUAUCCUGCAUCCGCCAUUGUUGAAGGUUAUCUCCGGUGAUGGGCUGCGGCUUAUCCUCGCUGAGCAUGUCGGAAGAGAAUACGAAGAAGAUUCAAAAGCCAAAGCCUUGGAAGAAUCCUCAGCCAUUAACCAUGAGUGAUCUUAGAAGGAUGCGAGAAGAGUUUUGGGACACUGCACCCCAUUAUGGUGGCCAGAAAGAGAUCUGGGAUGCACUAAGAGCUGCAGCAGAAGCUGAUAUCAACCUCGCUCAGGCAAUAGUGGACAGCGCCGGCGUCAUCCUCGCCCACGCCGAUAUGACGCUCGUUUAUGAUGAAAGAGGUGCUAAGUAUGAAUUGCCCAAGUAUGUUUUGAGCGAGCCUACUAAUCUGAUUCAUGAUAAGUCUCCUAAUGGAGAUGACUUGCAUAAAUAAGGCUCUACUAAAUUAUAUUCUGUAUAUGAUCUCUUCUUAUUUCUAUAAGUUUCUGCUGGAAAAAAAAAAAAAAAACUGGUGAUUGUUAAUUAUGAAAAUUACAUAUUUGCAUCUGAAACAAUUCAAUGUUUGCAUAUUGAACAGUUAAAGCUAUUAUAAAAGGCAUGGUUUUUGAGUGAU